GAGGGCGCUUGGACUCUGACCCGUCGAAGCUUUCUGCUUGGGGGGUGAAAAAGUAGAUUUAUCAAAAGCAUCAUCUUGCGCCUGUCCCUUCCUUCCUUCCAUCCUCGUCAUUUACUUGUCGCUUGUCGCAUUCACUUUUUGAUAUCUUCGUCACAGUCGUUCUUUCCCCAAACCACCGAGAAAAACAGCAAGCAUGGCCAACAACGCAACUGCCCCGCAACAAGGCGAAGGCCUCGCCGGUAUGGCUCACUCUGAGCAGCACUACUUCAACAGCUACAACCACCACGGAAUCCACGAGGAGAUGCUCAAAGACGAUGUGCGCACACGCAGCUACCGCGAUGCCAUCUACCAGAACCGUCACCUCUUCAAGGACAAGGUCGUGCUUGAUGUUGGCUGCGGUACCAGCAUUCUGUCCAUGUUCGCAGCAAAGGCCGGCGCCAAGCACGUCAUCGGAGUCGACAUGUCCACCAUCAUUGACAAAGCAAAGGAGAUUGUCGAGGUCAACGGCCUGAGCGACAAGAUCACCCUUCUGCAGGGCAAGAUGGAGGAUGUUGUUCUUCCCUUCCCCGAGGUCGACAUCAUCAUCUCCGAGUGGAUGGGCUACUUCCUGCUGUACGAGAGCAUGCUGGACACUGUCCUGUGGGCUCGCGACCGCUACCUCAAGAAGGGCGGUCUCAUCUUCCCCGACAAGGCCACCAUCUUCGUUGCUGGUAUCGAGGAUGGCGACUACAAGGAGGAGAAGAUCAACUUCUGGGACAACGUCUGGGGCUUCAACUACUCGCCCCUCAAGCGCACCGCCCUCACCGAGCCCCUCGUCGACACGGUCGAUCUCAAGGCCGUCGUCACCGACCCCUUCCCCCUCAUCACCCUCGACCUCUACACCUGCAAAGUCGCAGAUCUCGCCUUCCACCUCCCUUACUCUCUCCCCGUCCGUCGUACCGAUUACGUCCACGCCCUGAUCGCCUGGUUCGACAUUGAGUUCUCCGCCUGCCACAAGCCCGUCAAGUUCAGCACUGGUCCCCACACCAAAUACACCCACUGGAAGCAGACUGUCUUCUACCUGGACAACAACCUUACUGUUGAGGCUGGCGAGAAGCUCAACGGUACACUGCUCUGCAAGCCCAACGAGAGAAACAGAAGAGACUUGGAUGUUGUCAUCGAGUACGGACUCGAGGCCACAGAGCAGGGUCGCGAGGCCAAGGGCAAGUGCAGCUACGUCAUGUGCUAAUCGCAAUGACUGCCGCUGACCUUUGCACUUGAACCAUCUUCUUUACUGUCAUCGCCGGAGCUUGUUCGCGAGAGAAACGGGUUAUCAAAAGCAUGGAGUGUGUCUCUUUUUCUUUGUUUUUCAUAUUUGCUGCUGCAUAAGGGAGGGGAAAUGGUGUUCCGGGACAAAUGGAGAUCUAUAUAACGUCGCAAAUCGCAAUGACUAGAAUUCUGAAACUCCAAAAAGCCAAUUGAUCAGAAAGAACACGUUCCUGACAGCAUGGGGAGAGCUUUCGGUUUCAGC